GUAAAAUACAAAUAUUUCUAUGAUCACACUUAUAAAACAUUUCUAAAUCCUUCAAACAUUUCUAAAAUAUAUCGCUACAAACACAAAAUUUUAUUUUUUUUUCAAAUAUAAAUAUUUCUAAGAUCUACAGAUAGACUGGGGCAGGGUCGCGCAUUCAGACAUCACUAGUACUAUAUAUAAGGCCCAAUUAUCGCGCUACACUAAAUACAAUUAUCAAGAUAAGUUGAGGAUGCUUCCUGGGAACAUAAAAAUGGUCAAACCUUAAAUGAGUUGUUUAGACUGAUUACAUUAGGACAUUGGCAAAGAAUGGUAACGUGGUUGUUCUAAACAAAGUGUACGUGGUUGAGGAUUAACCCAACGAUUUACUAUUUGACUUCAGUAACCCUGAUGACACCAAUCUCUAUAUACUCUCUAUUUUCUGGGUCUUCCCAAAACGUGGGAAUUUGUUAUUUCAUUUUGAAAUUUUGUGGCAUCGCAUAAUGUUUCUCGUCAAGACAUGGAGAUCAACUGCCUUUGGGUUAUAUGGAUACUUGAAUUUCACCAAAGCUGGUUACUUGUAAGUACCCGUUUCUUUCUUUUUUUUGCCACGAUUGAUCAAAUUUGGUUCCAUUCAGAAAGGAUCAUUUUGGUUUUCAGUCGUAGGUUUAUGAAUCCGGUUUGAUUUUUCUUCUUCAAUAAACAUGUGAUGAAGCUUGGCAGUUGAUUUUACUUUGGUGAAGUGGAGACAUUCUCCUUUAUAUAUAGCUGGUUUUUUCGAUUUUAUGGUGGGAUUGUUCUCUGACAUUCGGCAUUGCUCUUACAAGUUUGUGUUUACAAGUUGCUGGGAUUGUUUAUAUGUGUUUCUUGGGUAAUGCUUGAAUUCAGAGAACAUUCAAAGAAGUUCAAUGCAGAGGAUAUGCAAGCUCCAAUUGAAGGCAAAAACUGUGUUGUCACUGGUGCGAAUGCCGGUAUUGGCUAUGCCACUGCUGAGGGUCUUGCAUCACGUGGGGCUAAUGUUUACAUGGUAUGCCGCAAUAAGGAAAGGGGAGAAGCUGCACUUUCCAAGAUUCAGGAGAAGACAGGGAAUAAAAAUGUCUACUUAGAGGUCUGUGAUAUUUCUUCCAUCAGUGACAUCAAGGCAUUUGCAUCUAGAUUUUCUUCCAAGGAUGCACCUGUUCAUGUUCUGGUUAACAAUGCUGGUGUGCUUGAAAACAACCGUGUGACAACACCUGAAGGAUAUGAGCUCAACUUUGCUGUUAAUGCUCUCGGUACAUACACUACAACAGAGCUGAUGGUACCAUUAUUGGAGAAAGCAGCCCCAGAUGCACGUGUCAUUACAGUUUCCUCUGGUGGAAUGUAUACAGCCCCUUUGACCAAAGAUCUUCAAUUUAGCAAUGGGACAUUCAAUGGCGUGGAACAAUAUGCUAGGAACAAGCGUCUUCAGGUUGCAUUGACAGAGAAGUGGGCGGAAACCUACAAAGAGAAAGGGAUUUCUUUCUACGCAAUGCACCCUGGUUGGGCAGAGACUCCCGGAGUAGCCACUAGUCUGCCCAGUUUCUCAAAAUCGAUGUCAGGAAAACUUAGAACUAGCGAGGAAGGUGCAGACACUAUAAUCUGGUUGGCAUUGCAGCCGAAAGAGAAACUUGUAUCUGGAGCGUUCUAUUUUGACAGAGCUGAAGCUCCUAAACACCUCUUGUUUGCAGCUACAAAGGGUUCUCAUUCUCUUAUAGACUCCAUAGUGGAUGACCUUCGUUCCAUGGCUGGCCUAUCGAAAUAAUGAUAGCUUCUUUAUCAUCCAUAAUAUUCUAGUAGUAGGACUUGAUCUUUUUUGACGGAGCAUUUUUAAAUCAUUUCCUUUUCAUACAUAAAACUUCAUUGCCAGUGGUUUGAAUGGUUGUUUUGAUUUUCAAUUUACUUAAAAAGGAAAAAGGAAGAAUAACGCAAAGAAUCAUUGCCGGUCAAUUAGCGCAAACGAAUCAGUAUGGUGAGAGGACCCCAAUCAGCUUUCUUUCAUUAAUAGUGGGCAUCAAUUUGGUCUGGAUUCUACAGGAUCAUCCAAAAGGAGGGACGACCAAAGUGUGGUGAUUGCGUAUAUCUGGCCCUUGCACGUGCACAGAGUCCAAUUCCUGUGGUAGAGCAGGUCGAAGGAGUGAUGAUAUACAACGAAAAGUCGUGAUAAAAUCUAAAUUGGACAAUAAUUUUGGGACGGAAAAGUAUAAUAUUUGAAUAUGUAGUGCUCAACAACGACUUCAAAUAUGCA